AUGAGCUCUCAAGAUCCAACAGUCGUCACAGGCACACUCAGCCUUCGCUACCCACUCACAGUCCUCUCGAUUGACGCGCCCUUUGGUGCAGCGAUCCGUAAAUUUCAACCAGUCUUUACCUUUCAAUUCACAGGCACUGCCGUUGAGAGCCAGGAUGAUGGAACAGAUAAGGAGGUACCGCGGAUCUUUGUCGAGAGCUUCGAUAGUCCCAUCGAUGGUGAGGCACUCGAGUGGUUCAUUGAGCAAGGCGAUAUUAUACGCAGCGCACGGGACAAGCUCUUCUCAGUGAUUGAACCAUGUGUACAUCAGGUACAGUAUCGCGGCAUGUGCGCCAACUGCGGGAAAGACCUCACUGCAGGCGACUUUCUCGGCAUCAACGAUGCAGAGCGCGCGACAGUCGCCAUGUCGCAUGAUGACCUGGGCUUGACUGUUUCAUAUGGCGAAGCAGCGCGUCUUGAAAGAGAGACGACCAAGCGACUGCUGCAAACAUCACGGCUGUCGCUCAUCGUGGACCUCGAUCAGUGUGUCAUUCAAACAACCGUCGACCCAACCGUUGGUGAAUGGCUCAAGGACGAGAGUAAUCCGAAUCAUGCAGCACUCAAAGAUGUACAUCAUUUUCGCAUUGCAGAGGAAGGCCCCGGUGCACCCGUCUACUACGUCAAACCGCGACCUGGUUUGCAGGCCUUCUUUGAAAGCAUCACACGCCGUUAUGAAAUGCACAUCUACACGAUGGGCACAAAACCAUAUGCUCUCAAGAUUGCGAGUAUUAUUGAUCCACAGGGAAAUUUCUUUGGAAGCCGCAUCUUGAGCAGAGAUGAGAAUGGCAGUCAUACGCAAAAGUCCGUCAGCAGGUUGUUUCCGGUAGACACCAAUAUGGUGGUUAUCAUGGAUGAUCGUGGUGAUGUUUGGCAAUGGUGCCAGAACCUCAUCAAGGUGAACCCCUUCGAAUUCUUCCUCGGCACAGGUGACAUCAACAGCAGCUUCCUUGCGCCCCUGGAUGAACAAGAUGCACAAAAGAAAGCACUCGCUGCGUCUCCUACUGCAGAUCCAGCAUCACCGGCAACGCCACUCGUGGAUAAUGCGCCCGUUGAGGAUCCUGCGCUAUUGGCAGUCCAGGCAGAUGCGCAACAAGCGACGCUUGAGGCACAAGUAGAGAUGCGACCGUUGUCUCGUGCUCAAGACGCGCAGCCGCAACACACAGGACGACCGGUAUUGAACGAUAAUGAUGAUGUAUUGCAAUAUGUGGAACAGACAUUGCGAAAAGUGCACGAACGCUUCUAUGCGUUGUAUAGUGAGCACAUGGCGGAGAUGGGUAAGGGUCGUGCAUUGGCCAAUUUGAAGCCAAAACACAAAUCACGGCGAAACGCAGCGGCAACGGCAGAUGUCAAGGUGAUUUUAUCGGAAAUGAAGCGGCAGGUCCUCAAGGGAUGUGUCAUUACCUUCAGCGGCUUGAUGAGCGAUCAUCGUGAUCCACGGCAAGAAUGGCAAGGUCGGCUGGCGGUUGAUUUUGGGGCUCGCGUACUGGAUGCGCGCUCCAAGGGUCGGCCAACGCAUGUCAUUGUGGGUGAAAAGAUUCAUCUGCGCAAUUUGACGGAAAAGGCAAAACUUGGGAAACAGUAUCCAUGGAUUAAAGUGGUGUAUAUGGGAUGGCUGACGGAAUCAACCAAGCGAUUCCAACGGCAGCCGGAACAGCCGUAUCAGCUCGAUCCAGAGGCACCGGAU